AUGCCUAUCGGUCGUAUAGAAGUAGGACAAUGGAAUUUGAUAUUUUUUAGGGAGCCCUUUGAUCAAAUGGUGGAUAGAGAUACUUUUUCUUGGAAUACCAUGAUCAAUGGCUAUGUUCAAAUUCUAGAUAUGGAGGAGGCUCUAAAUCUUUUUAAUGUGAUGCCAACUCCUGAUAACAUGUCUUGGAAUUCAAUGAUCUCAGGGUAUGCUCAAAUGGGUAACUUAGAACGUGCUCGUGAAUAUUUCGAGAUGAUGCCUCAAAAGCAUUUAGUUUCAUGGAGCACCAUGGUAGCAGGGUAUGAGAAAAACAGGGAUUAUAAAGGGGCAAUUGAGCUUUUCAAACGAAUGCAAGCUGAAGGUGAAAAACCUGACAGACAUACUUUAUCUUCAGUUCUUAGUGUCUCUACUGGGCUUGUGGAUCUGAAAUUAGGUAUGCAGAUUCAUCAGUUGGUCUCCAAGAGUGUAAUUCCAGAUGUACCUAUAGAGAACUCUCUCAUUACAAUGUAUUCAAGAUGCGGGGCACUGAUUGAGUCACACGUCAGUUUCGAUGGGUUGAAAUCAUCAAAAGAUGUAAUCUCUUGGAACGCAAUAAUAGGAGGAUAUGCAUCACAUGGUUAUGCUUUAGAGGCUUUAGAAUUAUUUGAAUCAAAGAAGAAGAGUAAUGUUCAACCAACUUAUAUUACAUUUAUUUAUGUUUUGAGUGCAUGUACCCAUGCUGGAUUAGUUGGUGGGGGUUGGGCAUAUUUAAAGUCAAUGGUUAGUGAAUAUGGCAUUGAGCCUCGCAUCGAACAUUAUGCUUCCCUGGUAGACAAUGUUGCUCGACAUGGCCAACUUGAGGAAGCCAUGGAUUUAAUCAAGAGUAUGCCAUUUGAGCCAGAUAAGGAAAUUUGGGGUGCAUUACUUAGUGCUUGUAGGCUUCAUAAUAAUGUGGAGUUGGCUCCAGUUGCUGCUGAAGCAUUGAUGAGACUAGAACCUGAAAGCUCAGCUGCAUAUAUAUUGUUGUAUAAUAUGUAUGUUGAAGCAGGACAGUGGGAAGCUGCUGCAGAAGUUAGAGAAAUGAUGGAAAGAAAUAAUAUCAGAAAGCAAGCAGCAUUCAGUUUGAUAGAUUCCUCUUAUAGCUGAUUGGAAUAAUACUCCUAUUAAUUGGCCACACCAAAUUUAAUUCACAGCUGUUCAUAAAACUCCAUAUUUUUUGUUAACACCUUAGUAUCAUAUGAGCU